AUGGUGCAUGGUAGGGAGUUUGAGGUAAACUUGAUUUGUUUGCCUCUUUCUCAAUUGGAUGUAAUCUUGGGAAUGGAUUGGCUUGCUGCCAACCAUGUGUCAUUGGAUUGUAGAGAGAAGGCACUUAUCUUUGGUGCAUUGAUGUCAGAAAUUCUGAGACUGUUAAGUCAAGGUGUAUGGGAGAACGCAGUAAAUGCCAAGGCCUUUAUGAUCAUAUUCUCGAUGGAGGCCAAAAGCGUGGUAGAGCCAGAGUAUAUUCUGGUGGUGAAGGACUUCUUGGAAGUUUUCCCUGAAGUGGUUUCUGAGUUACCACUCGAGAGGGAGAUAAAGUUUGUCAUUGACCUCAUUCCAGGAGCAAGCCUGAUUUCUGUGGCACCACAUAGGAUGUCACCAAUGGAGUUGGCAGAGGUCAAGAAGCAAGUAGAGGAUUUGUUGUAA